AUGGCAAGCGUCUUCCACAAUCUACUCUCUCGACCCCAGUUUGACAUCUUGAGUUUUGCGGAUGUCAGGCCUCUUGCAAAACAUGAGAAAGCGGAGAUAAUCAAGUGUCUAGAUGCUGCACUGUCAUCUUUCCUCUCAGAAAUCAACUUCUCCCACUGUUUUUCCCCAAGUGAUUCCAAGCUUCGUGACGAUCUGUCGUCCUGGAGCAAAGAAAAUCUAAAGAAGGUCUGCAUUUGCGACGACAAAGUCUUGAAUGGAAUACUUGACGAGGCUGCAGCUAUUGUCGAGUAUUACUAUCCGCAUGCUCACCAUGACACUCGUCUGCAAAUGGCUAUAGGUCUGGCAGCAGGGCUCACUGCGGAUGACGGCGUCACUCCCGCGGCUUCUAGGAAGGCUUUUGCAAGUUUCCACUAUCAAUUAUGGUGCGGAGUGUCUGAUUCUAGAAGGGAUGAAUGGUCAACUAUGUAUCUCAAAGUCAUUAGAAAUUUCGCUCGGCAUUUUGGAGCCAAUGAUCCUCGGAUGGGAACUAUUGGCGCCAAUGGCUGGGCCAGCUUUGCAGAGGCAUCAUUUAUGGAAGACAGCCUGGCGAAGGCCCUACCACCGCAUUUCUCGCAAAUCCAGCCGGGUAUGGAUGAUCAUGGUUGCUGCCCAAAUGGAUUCGCAUACUUCUUCAGAAGUCUUACAGGGCUCUCUGGCCCUCUCAUGCUUGGUUUGUUCAAACCUGCCAUUGAUUUUGAAGUCCCACUAGAAUACUGGAUUAUAAGCGUGGUGCCUCUUACGACGUUCAUUAAUCUGAUCAAUGACCUGCUGUCAUUCCCCAAGGAGAUACUGGCUGGUGAGGCCCACAACUACAUGUCUCUCCAGACACAAGCCAAGCGCCAGAGCGGUCAUCUCUCCGCAUUUCCCCAGAAAGGUAAUUCUGAUACGCGAUGGAACUUUCGAGACACAUUAUGCGAGACUAUGGACCUUUUGUGUGACGCCAUUCGCUCUUUGGAUAAAGCCUUUAUCCAGUUCCACAGCGUCUGUUUGAAUUACAACAAUAGCAACAGCGAUGAAUGGAGUAGUGAGCUGGCAAGCCAGGUGUGGAUAGCAUUCAGAAAUGGCAUUAUUUCUUGGCAUAUCAACCGCCCAAGAUAUGGGCUUACUACUCUGAGAAGCACCUUCACCAAAGACAUAUCAAUCACUGAGCAGUAA